AUGGGUUCGCCAGAGGUAGCCGGGCCAGAGGUGCCUUCCACCAAAGAGGAGCCGGAAGGGCCGCCAACAGGGGCAGAGGUUUCCGAGGAGCACGCGGAGGCCACCCAUCGGCAAACCAGUAGUGAGAGUCCCAAGAGGAGUGCACAGUAUCUCCAGAAGGAAUUACCUGUCAGGAUUGCCAAAAGAAUUGUUGGUUUUCGCUCAUUGCCCUUUAUUGUUGGAUGUAAUCCAAUCAUCCUUGGAGUGCAUGAAUUGUACAUCAGAGCAUUUAACAUACUGAAUGGUUAUGCACCUAUUGUUACUCUGGAAGAUGAGCAAGCUUACAGCAGACGUUUAAACCAGUUGCUUGAUGAUCAUAAGGAUGUUGUGACAAAUUUGGCUGCAGGUUUUCGAGAAUGUCGACGACACAUCCAAAAUGAGGAGCAAGUUGCCCAAUUUUUGGAUAAAACACUGACAUCUCGCUUGGGUAUUCGUAUGUUGGCUCAGCACCACCUUUCAUUGCGAGAAAACAAGACAAAUUAUGUUGGGAUCAUCAAUGUUGCAAUGAAGUUGAAGGAGGUGAUUGAAAGAAGUUGUCAGUUUGUACAUCGUGUUGCUCAUCAUAAGUAUGGGAAGGUUCCAGAGUUGAAACUGUCAGGCCAUGUAAAUGCUGUUUUUCCAUAUAUUGAAUUACCCUUGGAUUACAUCUUGCCUGAGAUUUUGAAGAAUGCUGUGCGUGCAACCAUUGAAAGCCACACCUUAGAGGGUGAUGUAUCACCACUUCCUCCCAUCCAUAUAACUAUUGCCUCCAAUGAAAUUGAUUUCAUUAUAAGGAUAAGUGAUCGUGGCGGUGGAAUUCCUCAUCAUCUGGUUGGCCGUGUCUUGGACUACAAUUUUACAACUGCCAAUGAUGCAAAUGUUCAGAGUAGUGAAGAAAGUCAAGGUGUAUUUUCUAAUAUGAUAGAAGCAGUGAAUCCCAAUCCAGCUGGUGGACCUAUGCACGGAUUUGGAUUUGGGCUGCCUACAUCACGAGCUUAUGCAAACUUCAUGGGAGGCAGUUUGGAGAUUCAGGCUAUGCAAGGUAUAGGAACUGAUGUGUAUCUCCGAUUGAGACAUAUCAAUUCUCCAGAAGCAUCAUUUAGGAUAUAAUUUACUUAUAGUAUUUCCCAUGUGCACAAAAUCAUAGCACAAAGGUGAAUUCAUUAUAAUAGCAGUAUGGGUACUCAUUUUCAGAAAUUAAUUAAAGCACACUUGUAUGAAAGAUGCUAAAGGUUUGCAAUUCUGAAUGUAGACAGGUAUAUUCUUUGUGUUGUCAGAGUGCAUAUCCAGUAUUAUUGAAAUUCCCAAAGUGUCAAGAAGAUGAGAGCAUUUUAUUUGAAUAGCGCUCCGUAAAUCACAUUUAUGGAUUUAAUUUUUUACCAUUAUUGUGUUCAUAUGAGUUCCAAACACCUUUUUUGUCUAAGUGUGAAGAUAUUUAAAGGGCAUCCAUAGUCAGGUGUGUUAGCAUAAUAGCUCAGUGUUUUUAAGGGUUUUGAUUUUCUGUAAUAUUUGAAGUUUAUUAUGAAAGAUGUACGUACUGUAAUAUUUGAAAUUUAUCUUGAAAGUUUGGGUACAUUGCAAUGUAAAUAAUCUGUAUUUCUGUAUGCUGCUUGGACACUAGCAGUAUAACUUCAUAUAUUGCUAAGAUUUCAGUGGAUGUCUUGUGUGCGAUAAGAAAUUUACAUAUUUCCACUCAAAUUUUGUCUAGGACUGCAGUUUUAAAACUGAAUUCAAAUUCCACCUGAGAUAGAUAAAAAAAGGAAUGCUAGAAAUACUUUUGAAUUGAAGGUUGAUCGAUUUUAUAUGUACUUAUAUAUGUAAUGUAAUAUAGAAGGUAGAAGGUAAUGAGAGGGUAAAUUUGGGAUAUAUGUAAGGGGUGUUAUUGAAUAAUUUGCUGUUUGUCAAGUGCAAUAGCUCUUUCUGCUUGUGAGUGAUGGUCAUUAAGAGAGCAUGUGAAUGUUGAUGUUACAAGUAACACUGAUAGAGUUUAGCCAUACUAGAACCAUAUUACAACAGAAAGAUAAUUUCAUAAUGUGAUCAACUGGAAAAUAAUUUACUAAUUAGAUAAAAUGAUAUGUAGAGCUUUAUUUUGAGUGAUGACCAUAUAAGGAGGCCUUGCAAUUAUUGAAGCAGGUGGGUUACAAGUUCCAUUAAGGGAGAGUUAAAUGCCCCUAGAACUAGAUUACAACUGGAAAAUUCUAUCUUCAGUCUGAAUUGUAUUUAAAAUAAGACUUUUUAAACCUGAAUUGUGAAUGUGAGCUUUAAAAGGAACACUGCACCAUUAUUUUUUUGUAAUGAUAGUUUGAGUAGAUUCCUAGUUUAAGUGGUGAGUGAGAAUAUUCUUUAAAAAUUGUGUAUGUUAGCUGGUGCACUUUCUGUUAUUUUGUGUAAACUAUGUACUUAUUAUUAGGUAUGUCAGCUGAUAAUCUGCUGUAAUGUUGACACUUGUGUUAUUGAAGAUUUGUUCUGAUGAGUCCAGAAAGUUGAGUGAGUUUGCUGUCAAUGUUACAGCAUGUAGUGCCAAGUUUCUAUGUCAGAUAUGUAAAUACUGUAUGAGGAAGAUAUAAGUAUUUUAGUUAAAUUAUUUAACAGUUGUUUUAAGCCUUAUGGCAGUCAAACUUUUGAGUUAUUGUACAAUAUAAGUUUCUUUUAAUCAUGAUUCCAAGAAUAUUUUGUCGAGUGUUAACUAGUGUAUGCAGUUGAAUUUCUAAAUUAUAAAACUUUGUUCAUACAAUCCAGUGAUCAUACAAUGUCCACAUUUUCAGGCAUUCUUUUGUUUCCCAAACAUAAGAACUAUUAUUCAUGCAUGAGCCAUGCAGACUUAUCAGAAGGAACCAGCCAUCCUUUGUCAUUUUUCCUUGGUGAGAAUCUAAAACUGUGAGAACAGGGUGUUAAGUUAUUUUAUAAUGUAAAACGACAUUUCUGUAGUUUAUAAAAUAUGAGUU